AUGGAUACACAAGCCUACUCCAAGAUUUCAAAUGCUGCUUUAAUUUAAGAACUGUAUAGGAGAUAUAGAUGUCAAGAGGAAGCAUUGAGAAAAAGAAUUGUAUUGUUAGGAAUGCCAGGAGCAGGCAAGGGAACACACUCAGCUAAAAUGCUGGCUCGUUUCUGUAUGUGCCAUUUGUCCACUGGAGAUUUAUUGAGAGAAGAAGUAAGAUCAGGAAGUGAAUUCGGGAAGAAACUAAAAGGAAUCAUGGAGAGAGGAGAAUUGAUUGAGGAUGAAGUUAUGUGCAAUCUCAUCAAAUAACAAUUAGCCAAACCUGCUUGUGCUAAUGGUGCCAUUUUAGAUGGAUUCCCUCGUACUAUUCCUUAAGCUGAAAAACUUGAUUAGAUUCUCAAACAAAGUGGAUAAUCCAUUGAUUAAGCAAUAUUUAUGAAUGUACGAGAAUAAGUUGUUGUUGAUCGUCUUGGAGGCCGAUGGACUCAUUUGAAUUCAGGAAGGACUUAUCAUUAUAAAUUCAACCCUCCCAAGGUUCAUGGAGUUGAUGAUGUUACUGGUGAACCUUUGGUUUAGAGGGAAGAUGAUAAAGAGGCCACAAUCAGAAAUAGAUUAAAUGUGUAUUAGAAUAAGACAUCUCCUAUUAUUGAUUAUUACAGAAAAAAAGGCAUUUUAUUUGAAGUAAAUGCAGAAAGACCUGUAAAUGAUAUCUGGAAGGAUAUCAAGACCAUUGUCAAAACCAAAUGAUUUUCAUCUAAUUUAACUUAUUUUUUUUAGUGCUUUGCAAAUUUCUUAUUAAUAAUUAAUUA